CUUUGGGAGGCUGUUCGACCAAAAGCCUGAAUUCGCCGGGCUCCGGAAAUCUUGUUUCUCUUCUCCGGACUGCGCCUCGGCCGGAACUCUAGUGCCCUAAGGUCUGGUUUGGCGCCGGACUGGAAAAGCAGACGGACGCACACGAAGAAAGUGGAGUACCCGGUCGCGAAAAGCGGAGAUCCGGGUGGAAGUCACUGGCGCGCUCCGGCGGGGAGGCCAGCAAGCACCGGCAGGCUGUUAGCGCGUCCGGGACGUGGGAAGGCCACACAGCCCCAGCAGGUGGAAUUGAGCUAUUUGCUGAAGCUUCUUUCCUUUGUAGCCCAGGGAGAAAUUUACAUUUUAUCUUACUAUGGCUUUGGUUCACAAGUUUCUGAGUAGCGCUUAUAUUUUCAGAAAAUGCCUGAAGCCAAGUGUUUCUUCAUGUCCAUUUUUGGGUAAUCGCUUUGCAGACUAUUGUUCUAGUAGUCUUCAGAAACCUGUGGCUGCUCCUGGCAAAACCUCCUCUCAAAGGAAUACUGAAGGGGAUUUGCAAGGACAUCACCAGAGAGAAGUUGCUUUGGAUAUAACCUCUCCAGAGGAAAAGCCGGAAGUUAGUUUUGAUAAGGCAAUUAAAGAUGAAAUAAAGAACCACUGCAGGCGUUUGAAGGAUGAUAUUGUGAAUUAUUGGAUCGGCCCUGAAGGCCGCCCUCUGCAUGAGGUCUUGCUGGAACAAGCCAAGGUUGUCUGGCAAUUCCGUGGAAAAGAGGACUUAGAUAAGUGGAUGGUGACUUCUGAUAAGACAAUUGGAGGCAGAAGUGAAGUGUUCCUGAAAAUGGGCAAGAAUAAUCAGAGUGCACUGCUGUAUGGAACUCUGAGCUCUGAGGCGCCUAAAGAUGGGGAAAGUGGCCGCAGUGGGUACUGUGCAAUGAUAUCCAGGAUUCCAAGGGGCCCUUUCGAGAGAAAGAGGUCUUAUGAUUGGUCCCAGUUCAACACUCUGUAUCUCCGUGUACGUGGAGAUGGUCGGCCUUGGAUGGUGAAUAUUAGACAGGACACGGAUAUAAUCCAGAGGAAGAAUCAAAUGUACAGUUACUUCAUGUUCACCCGUGGGGGGCCCUACUGGCAGGAGGUCAAGAUUCCUUUCUCCAAAUUUUUCUUCUCUAAUCAAGGAAGAAUCCGGGAUGCCCAGUACCAGCUUCUGCUUGAUAAGAUCUCUUCUGUUGGAUUCACCCUGGCUGAUAAAGUAGAUGGUCCAUUCUUCCUGGAAAUAGAUUUUAUUGGAGUUUUUGCUGAUCCAGCCCACACAGAAGAAUUUGCUUAUGAAAAUUCUCCAGAGCUUAACCCAAGACUUUUUAAGUAGUAGAGAUGGUAUGGUAAUUUUGUACUACCAAACUGCAUAGUAUCAUCCAUGAUGACAGAGACAAAAUAUUUAACAGCUUCCCAUUAACGGCUGGUAUGUAUUCCCCGAGACAAAGCUAAAUGCUGUUGCCAAGAAAGGCCCCAUAGUGGGAGACACAGCAUGAAACCAGGUUCUAAACUGCACUUCAGCUUAAAGAAUGCAAGUCCUGAUGUGGAGAUAAUAGGUAAAGAACUUAACUGUUUUGGAUUAGAAUGAUUCCUGUUAGGAACUAUUCCUGCCCAAGUUGGUAUUGUCAAAGCAGGGUGUCUCUAAGAUGAUUGUUGAUGUCUUUGUCUCUCUCUGUUCCUCAUAGGUUUCUUUUGUUUUCUAAUCCAUCAUUUGAGGAAAGGAGACUGUUAAAGAUUGCUAUACAAUUCAGUGAUUUUUUAGUAUAUUCACAGAAUUGCCAAUCCUUACCAUAAUUACCAUAAGCUAAUUUUAGAAAAUUCUAUCAAGCCUAAAAAGAAACUGUAAUUGAGUGCCCUUUGCAGGCACUCAUUCUCCCAGCCCCAGUAUCUAUGGAUCUACUUUCUUCAUGGGUUUAUCUUCUCUGGAUAUGUCUCCUACAAAUAGAAUCCAAUAAUAUGUGA